AUGGAAGAUCAUAAGAGAAAGAGUCAGGCCGGUACUGCCACAGAGGAGAACAAGAAAGCAAGAGUUGAGUCUCACUCGAAACAUACCGAACCCGCUUCAAUCACCAUCCCCAAUGAUGGUGAUGCCCUACUUUUAAAGUUGGCCCACUCUCGUGCCAUGUCCAUCAAGACCAGAGAUGAGAUCAUCUUUUCCGCUCAAAGAGAUGAUAACCUGUGUAAAGUGUUUAAGGGUCUAUGUGACAAGAAGUUCUUAUCCGUCCCAGUAUUCACUCAAGGAGAUAGAAAGAAGUGGUUGUCAUUCAUUGACAUCUUUGACAUUGUCAAAUAUGUUAAUCAUCACUUUGGAAAGGAGAAGAUGUCACCAGAGCAUGACUUCUGGAAACUUUCCCAAGAGUCUGAGCAGUUCCAGGGACUGCGAGUGGACGAUGUUAUGUCCUUCCCCACCAAGGAGAACAAGUUCCAUCCAAUCACCCAAGACUACUCACUGUUGUCGGUGGUCGAGAUCAUGGCCAGAGACCAACAUGCCCAUCAUAUCCCCAUCUUAAACAACAUGAAGGAGCGUCAUCUCGUCUCUAUCUUGACCAUGUCCCAGAUGGUCAAGUACGUCCACGACAACCUACAGUACCUCGGUACCAAGAAGGACUUGCUUGUCAGCGAAAUGCGUGGCCUAUGCAAUGAUGGCGACAUUGUCACCGUCCCAACCACCAUGAUCACAAUUGAUGCCUUCAAGCUCAUGGAGGAGAAGAACAUCAGUGGUUUGGCUGUUGUCGAUGACAAGGGCGUACUGGUGGACACCCUCUCCACACGAGACCUCAAGGCGAUGGCCACCGAUGGCUCGCUCUUCUGGAAGCUCUACCGCCCAGUGUCUGCCUUCUUGGACUUUAUCAAGAAGGACGCCAACACCAUCCGUCCAAGACACGCCAUCUUUGCCCUCAAGACCGACACCUUUGAGUCAGUCCUGAACAAGAUCUUCACCAACGAGGUACACCGUAUCUUUAUCGUCGAUCAUGCCGACACCAAGAAACCAAUCGGUGUAGUAAGUUUGGGUGACCUCCUCCUGCAGAUCCUUCCAAUCUAA